CUUGUCCAAAACUGACGGAAAAGGCUUUUAUGAAAAAGCAUAUCUUUCGACUUGGAUUCUGUCGUAGGAAAAAAUAAACAUAUAGGUAUUGCAAAAAAAUAUAUGCUACAACGUUACAUUUAUAACAUCCGUGCGGUGUAAGUUUAGAGGAUUGUCCUUUGUUAAGGGUAUUUUUUAGAUGCUGCUCAAUAAGUAUUUUCAAGUGUGUUUUCAAAUUGACACUGAACUUAAGUUAUACCAUUUAGUGGCAGUUAAUUUGGGAUAAAACGAAACGUCAGACGUCACGACAGUCACAUCUACAGUUUUGCGUAUGGCUAGAAAAAUACUAGUCGGUUGUGUACAGAAAUGGAGAAAUGCUCCCGAUUGCCUUUGUUUUAAAUCUCACAGGACGUCAUAUCAAAAGGACGUUACGCUUCUAACGAAAUUCCUGUUCAUGACUGCAAUGUCUGAUUGUGAACAACCAAGAAAGAGACCGAGGUUGGAAAUUAACACCAGCAACGUUUUUACUACAAGCAAUACAACAACAUCAGGAUCCCAGCUGCUGUCAAAAACAAGGGUGGAACAGCAAGAGAUUGGCUUGGACAGCACAGUCUCUUGCAUUCCUAAUUCAACCGACGAUAACAAAUUGAAAACUGAUGCUUGUAGCAGUAGGGAGGAACUGAAAAUCAACGCUACAAUAAAUAUGACCUCUAAAGAAUCAGAAGUUGGUGAUUCUACAAAAAACACUCUUAUGUUGGGUACUUCUUUUGGGAAGGAAAACUUUCAGCAGAGAGAUCCAAUCAGAGAAAAUAAUUUGGGCCUGUCUAAAAACGAAGAUCUUGAAAGAAAAGGCGUAGACAGAUCAGUAGAGUUAGAGUCUGUGGACUUUUCAUCAAGCACCAAAGUGGAGGUGUCUGGUACAAAGGCACAUGGAUUGGAUAGUUCAAACCACAGAGCAAAAGCUGACAAUUUGACUUGUGAAAAAAGACCUAAGAACCCAUGCAUUCUUGACACAUGGCUAUUCAAACCAACAAAAGUGUGUCCAGUAGAGGUGACAGGAGGUAACCUGAAUAUAGAUUCAACUUCAGGCCAGGGAGGUCAAGCUGUUAGUAAGAGUCUCCAAAUAGAUGAGGAAGAUGUGGAAAUGAUGAGUCCGGAGAGCCUGCCUGGCAACCAUGUGCUGUGUGAAGAUAGCCUGAGUCAGGCUGAAAAACAAGGCAGCCACCAUAGAGCUGCUGAAAAAUCCCCAGCUGUUGGAGAUGAUAUCUCCAGCAAGCAGACCUCUAACCCCAAGCUUGUGGCCACCACCAAAGCGGAUGCCGUAGAAGAACCCACUGUGACCAAAGAUGAUUCCAUAUUGGCUAAGGGGAAAGGGGAAAGCAGAGAAGAUGGAAAGACAGCAGCAGUGAACUCUAAUAAGCCUGAGAAGACGGGAGUAAGUCCACCUGGUCCUUCCACAUCCUCGGGUGCUGCAAAGUCUUCUGGAAAAAGGGAAUCAAAAAUUACUGAAUUUUUCCAUGAAAAGCAAGCUGAAAACCCACCUACCAGUGAGAAGGCCCAUUGUGAAUUUAAAGACAGAAAACAUAGCAGGACACCACCUAACAGAGGGCCAACUCCUCCUGGUGCAAAAUGGCUGGGGACGCCCAUUGAUGAACUGAGGAGGAUGCCAGUGUGUGGCACUGCACUACCACACUUGAAAGCAACACCAUGUCAUUUAGUGAUGAUAAGGACUGACCUUCACCGAGAAGGAGAGGUACCUGUUCCUUAUCCCACCAAGUACAAGGAUGUCUGGAAUGAUGCCUAUGUGAAGAUGCCUUGUUCAGAUAGGAAUCUUUUCCAAGUGGAAAAUGAAGAGGGAAGUGCUGUGGUGCAAAGUCGAUGGGAGGUGAUUCAAAACUCUCUGCAAAGCAGGUUCAACAGUUCCCUGGAUGUGACGGAUGCAAUAUUGAGAUACAAUGUCAAAUAUGCAAAGAAAUGGGAUUUCACUGCUCUUCAUUUGCUUUGCACAGAGGUUCUUGAUUAUGAUGAAGUUGAACAUCUGCUUGGAUCUGUUUUGCCUAAAAUGGUGAACUUAGCUCUCAGACUGCCAACACUGUGCACCCAGGCGAUACCGCUGCUUAAGAUGAAGAUGAAUCGCUCCAUCACAUUGUCACAAGAACAAAUAGCCUCCCUCCUGGCUAAUGCCUUCUUCUGCACGUUCCCACGCCGCAACGCCAGAAAACCUGAGUAUUCAAAUUAUCCAGACAUCAAUUUCCACAGAUUAUUUGAAGGGUCAUCACCAAGUAAGAUUGAAAAGCUCAAGACUCUUCUUUGUUAUUUUAGAAGAGUCACAGAAAAAAAACCUACAGGCCUGGUUACAUUUACAAGGCAAAGUUUGUCCUCCUUUCCAGAUUGGCAAAGCUCUACAAAUCAACUUACCAGGCUUCACAUCACAUGUGAAGGUACUAUUGAGGAUCAGGGACAUGGGAUGCUACAGGUGGACUUUGCGAACCGAUUUGUUGGCGGUGGCGUCAUAGGGUCGGGUCUGGUACAAGAAGAGAUCCGAUUCCUCAUUAACCCAGAACUCAUCGUCUCUCGGCUUUUCACCGAAGCACUGGAACAGAACGAAAGCCUUAUUAUCACAGGUGUUGAACGCUUUAGCAAUUACAGCGGGUAUGCAGACUCCUAUAGAUGGUCUGGAAACCACAAUGAUGAGACAGCAAGGGAUGGUUGGCAGAGAAUAUGCACCGAGAUUGUUGCCAUAGAUGCCAUUAAAUAUAGACGCUUCCUUGAACAAUUUAUUCCAGAGAAAAUUAGGAGGGAACUCAAUAAGGCUUUCUGUGGAUUUACUCGCCCUGGUGUUGAAAGCAGAAACUUGUCUGCUGUGGCUACUGGAAACUGGGGAUGCGGAGUCUUUGGAGGAGACGCUCGGUUAAAAGCUCUGCUGCAGAUGAUGGCCGCUGCUGAGGCUGGACGAGAUGUGGCGUAUUUCACCUUCGGCGACAGGGAGCUCAUGAGGGACGUCCAUGAAAUGCACACGGUCCUGACUCAGAGACACGUAACUGUUGGCGAUAUAUACAGACUGCUGGAACAAUACUACAGUAAUGUGUGCAGAAACUGUCUUGCUGCUCGGCCUGAUCAGAACCUGUACAGCUUCAUUUAUGACUUCUACUCCACAGACAGUGAAGAGGACACUGCCAGACCAACUGGCUCCAAGGAUAAUUAAAGCCAUGACUUUCUAUUGGAGGUUUAUUUUAUAUGUUUGAAAAGGAAAAAUGAUAAAGAAACUUGUACCCAAGUUGCUAAAUCUUAAGUUUCUGUUUCAUGUUUACUGUAACCCAGCAUUAUUGAACUUUUAUUAAAAGAAAUCUAGACAGUUCUCUGCAUGGAACGCAUACUGCAGUGCUUCCAGGAUGCCAAUUCGAAGUUGCUGAUUAAAGGGCAAGGUCAGCCCAAGCAAAAAAGAUAGAGGCUUGGUUUUAUAAUGACUGCUGUAACAGUUGUGCCUAUACUUUUACAUACUGUAGUCUGCCUCAGUAAAAAUUGGGGUAAUUUUAAAUGUAUUCCAGAUUUCUCAGUAUUGGAUGUAAACAUGUUAGAUGCAGUUCUGUCUUGGCUAAAUAGAGGAUAUACAGUAAUAACAAUUGUUCUGCUUGCUUUCAUUAAAGUAUGCAGAGUUGAAAUUCACUCUACCUUUGGUAUAUUUUUAUUAUGCAAUUGGUGUAUUGUGACUUGUUUUAGAUAUAUUGCAUGUUGAAAAACACAGAUUAUAUUGUGUAAAUUAAGAUUUAAUUUACAUUUAAUUUACAUUUUGGGAAAAAGGGUUCUUGGUUUUAAGAGUUGCCUUAUGUGUAAUUUAAAUCUUUUAGCAAAGUUAAUACAUGAUGAAAUCCUUACUAGUUCUUAUUUUAUAUUAGUGACAGCAUUCAUUUUUGUUUUUGCUUUUAAUCUGAACCAUAAUUUAAUAAAAAAUAGUUCUAGUAUAAUUUCAGAGCUAAUGACUUUGUAUUAUGGUGAAAACAUAGUUAUUAGCUUCUGUUGGUCAUCACUGGGCCAGCUGUUUAGAAAAUAAUGCAGCCAAAUUAGAUGUCUUGUAAAUUUAACAGAACAAGAGAGACUGACCUAAUAGGCGAGUUGUUUCCUGGAAAACAGAAAAACCUUUCAUUCACUCCACACACUAGUCUUUUCCAGCACAGCAAAUACUGUACAUGAUACUUUCAGUUUCUGUUAGCAUUAUUAUUACAGUCUAAAAUUUGCUAGAAAAUACUGGAAAGUGUUUAAACUUCCAUAUACAAUCACUGCUGUAAUGAUAAUAAAAUUAGGGGAGCAUUGUAUACUUCAGAAACUGUCAGAUAUGCUCCUUGGGCAAAAUGCUACAGUUCCUUUCACUUUGAUGUGUGACCUAAUAUGGCUGCCACGUUUGUUGUCGUGUGUGUUUCUGAAAGAUAAAGACCCAUGGCUUUCAGAUAUUGGCUCCACAACUGUAAAAUCAUUCUACUCCAACCUGUGUGAAAGGAGGACAUAAUUGGCAUUUUUGUUUAGGAAAAUGGUUAAGAAUGCUUAGAGCUGACAUACAUCUGUCAUGACACAAGUGCAAUCCAUACAAUUCUUAUUUGUAUUCUUAUCUAUAAAAGGUCAACCAUUUUCAUCAGAGGUCAGCACAGUGUUAUAGCUCUUUACUCUACAGCAUGUCCCAUCCACCCAACCACAUUAAAGUUUUGAUUCAAUAUAGUUGGUUUGGAGCACCUUUCCAAAAUUGGAAAUUUAAAAUAGUUUCCUUCACCAUCUUGUCACUGACCACAGAACUUGGAGGCUGGCUUGCAUUAAUAGACAUGAAAAAAAAACUAUUCCAUGUCAGAAAGACUUUCAUAUAGAAGGGGCCUGUUAUUUGCCAGGAAUCAAUCUUUUAAACACGUUUUGUUGUCAAACAAGUCAUACAAACAUAGUUAGAGUAUGAUCAAUGGUUGCUAUGAUGGUAAUGACACAAGCAAAAUAUCCAGACUGAAACAUUGUUUUGCUAAGAUGUAAUGUUAUGAAUAAAUUAUUCAUAGCCAAUUUAAAGCACAGGGAAUUAUAAAUGACAUUGCCGAAGUACCUAGAAUCCAAUUGGGCUGACACCUUUAAUUGCUUUUUGGUUUUAAUGUUUGUUGUCAUCAUUACAAUGCAUACACUUGUACUUAAAACCCUGAAGAAGACUGUCCUAACGAGUACCUUAGUUUAUCAAACUUGGUGCAUAGAUGUAGGUAGUUCUUUAGACCACGGAAUAAAAUAAUUUGUAUUGAAAUAUACAUUUAGCAUUAUGCAUUUAGAAUACUGUGAUAGUGGGAACAUUGUAACAUUGUUAAGCAUCAGCUUCAUCAAUGACGUUUCCGUCAUGUUAGAAGUGUCCGAUCUUAAACCAUGUGGGACGCAAAACAGUUUAAACGUUUUUGGAGAAGGUCAUUGACAAAGGACAUAACCACCUUCUUUUGAAAGAUCUCUGGAUUUUUCAUAUAUAUAUAUAAAAAGAAUUUCAUUACAAGGCAUGAACACAAUCUCUGUUACGAUCAAGUUUUUAACACUGCACCACUGAAAAUAAGAACUGGUUCAUCGCACAGUGAUCUGAGAAUUUUACAGCAUGAGCAAAAGCUGUUGGAUAUGAUAUUGAUUAAAGCUCUUUAAUCACUUACCACUUAAAUGAAACCCAGCUACAUCACCCACUGAAAUGUUCAGACCUGACAAGGUCUAAGCCGCUUCUUUAAAGCCAGCUGACAUCAAAGUGGGUUUUGGUGGGAGCCUCUGCGUUCAGUUCCUAGACCUCAGUACCUUGUUCUUUGCACAGCAGCCCCCAUGCAUGUCUUUGACCUUUUUAGGACCAUCUGCUGCAAAACUUACCUAUUCAUCAUUCUGGAUUGAAUGCCAGUCCCUUAAUUCAUAUUUGAUUAAAAGACCUGUUUGUCUUUUCUGCCAAGAUUAACAAAUCAUGAUGCAUUGAAUGCUGUAAGGGCACAUGGAACCAUAUAUUACAAUGUGUUACUGGUUUCUUUUUGUUACAAUGUGUUACUGGUUUCUUUUUGUUAUAUUGAUUUGUAAACUGCUGCAACAUAGGUGCCACACCCUUGACUGCGUUCAGAGGUGAAGAGCCUUUAGGACGCUAUUAAUGGGUGGCUUAAUAUGGAACGUUACACCCCUCCCUAUUAUAUUCACCCAGUUAUUAUGGUCCAGAUGUGACCCACCCAGAGACAUAUCGACUUAAUACUGGUUCAAGCAACUGAACAGUUCAAAGAGAAAAUUACCUCUUAUUAACGCCACACUCUGCCACAAUCGGACACACUAAACAUCAAUAAAAAUGCCUUUAAUAUGUAUUUACCUCAAUUGAUAGCAGAUUCACGUCCGAUGGUAAACUCUAGCAAUUGCAUCUGUUGUAUUAAAUGGUUUAAAAUUGUAUUACAGUAUUACUAAUACUGUACAUUUUAUCAUUGCAUGAGUUUUAUAUCAUGAAAGAACUAUCCCUGAUUAGAUUUAGGU